GUUACCCUGGAAACCAAGCGUAACAACUGCUCCGCUGUAUAUUCAUUUUGACAAAACAAACGUUUUUUUUUUGUUGUAUUUCACUUUUUUUACUAAUAGAAAUCAAACUCAAGGGUCAUUACAAGAAUCCGCUGUGAUGAUGGAUAACGACUAUUACGAGACGCUGGAAAUAAACAGGAAUGCAACAGACGCAGAUAUCAAAAAGGCGUAAGUUUUUUCAAACUACCAACCGUUACGAUAUGCCACAUAACAGAAGCCUGAGCUCACUGAAAGCUUUUCUUUGUCACCUUUUCUAUUAUCUUCUAUCUAGAUACCGACGUCUUGCAUUAAAGUUUCACCCGAGCAGCGAAGAGACGGGAAACGUCGAGAAGUUCACUCAGCUCGGUGAAGCUUACGAUGUGCUGAGCGACCGUAAGUACGCAGAGGGAGGCUGACGUUUUAUUUUGAUCAUUAAUGCAACCUUUAUAUAAGUUUUUGGUUUAAUCUUACUCAUUUGUCAGUUAGGGGCCAAAAUGUUAUUGGUUUCACGCGCCUACCUCUUAAUUAUAUGAGAUCAAGCAAUUGACUGAGUACCAUGUGGAAUUCAAAAACUUGGUUGGACAUGUCACUGUUUUAAAGGCAUGUCUUAACACCUAUUUGAGGGGUUUUAAAACACUUAAGCAUACAGGACAUACCAGGUCUGCUGUCCCAGGAUUUAAUUUCAAUAAAUUGUUUCAGGGGGGAAAUUAGUUUACUCUUGAUGAUUUCAGGUGUGUCUGCAUCCUGUUCUCCUUCAGUAACAAAAAACAGUAAUUGAUCUCAGAACUGAAGAAUUGUUUUUGGACAAGGUUUAUAAGACCUGCUAUAAACUAACUUGAAAAUAAAUGCUUCAAGUUUUUGAGGUUUGGUUAGCAGUUGUCGGUAAAAACAGUUCAGUAACAGGUUUUUGGGAGAAGAUUGAAUGGAAACAUUGUGAAGGGUAGUCUAAAAAAAUGCCUGCAGCAUUUAAACCUUUAACAAUAUCCUUCUUUGUCUCUUUGUAACAGCUCGAAAAAAGGCAAUUUAUGAUAAGUUUGGUGAAGAUGGUCUUAAAGGUGGGAUCCCGCUAGAGUUUGGCAACAGCGGGGCUUGGUCAUCCAAAUAUGCAUACCACAGGGACCCAGACAAAACAUUCAGAAAGUUCUUUGGAGUCGACAACCCAUUUUCAGGUAAGAGGAAAAAAAUAGCAUUGAAUCUGCAUUCAAUGUGAAAUAUUAGAGUAACAUAUAGAGUGUUUAUGUUUUUCCCCUAGACUUCUAUAUAAAUUAUGCUCCACCUAAGCUCGGUGGCCCGCAACAAGUUGUGGCUAAGAAACAAGACUCUCAUAUAGAGAGAGACCUUCAUCUCUCUCUGGAUGAUCUCUUCCAUGGUUGCACUAAAAAAAUCAAGAUAUCUCGCAGGGUAAGUUUGACUGCAUAACCAUGUCGUUAAACCCUAAGUUUUGAAGUUAUUAUAUCAUUUAUACACUUCUGGCAUCUCACAGGAUUUACGUCUAACUGCUAAGUCACAACAAGGUCCAGGCUAAAGAAAAUACACUGCUAUAUGUUUGCGUUAUUUAUCAAACAGGUUAUGAAUGAGGAUGGAUGCACAUCCAGCAUCAAAGACAAGAUCCUGACCAUAGACGUGGAGCCUGGAUGGAAAGAAGGCACAAGAAUAGUGUUCUCCAAAGAGGGAGAUCAGGUAUCACAAUUAAGGCACUACAUUAAUAUUGGCCAUGAUUUCCUCAGUUUGAUUAUAAUAACCAUAAAUAGUUUGAGUGAUGGUAUGAUUUGGUAGUUUUGUGAAAAAAUAGACAGAAAUAACUCUUUGUGCUGUACAUCCUAGUCUUUUUUGAGUUUCCCACAAGAAUGUGUGUUGUGGCUUGAGUUUUAGCUUGUAGCGCUGUCCCUGGUGCUGAUUUACUCAUCUCUAUCAUUAUGUAAAGCUCAUUCUUCAACAAAUAAAACUCACUGUAUGAAACAUUAUCAUUAAUGUGCUAUGAACCUACAAAGCUGCAUGCUGAUAUAUACAUCUUUUGCAGAAAAGCACAUAACAAACUCAAGGCGAUAGUUUUGAAGUUUUAUGGGGAAUGUACGUAUACACUGUUACUGGCACUAUGAAAAUUUUGCAAAAUUUUGUCAAGUUAUGCUAAGCACAGAGACUAUUUAGUUAUGGAGGUAUUUUUUGUAUAAAGGAAAAGCUUCGAUGGUUAGAAAUUGUGAGGCACUGUUAAAAUAAUUUUUCUGGAUUUCACUUUUUUUUUAGAAUUAGCGAAUCUUUCUCUUAUUUUUUAAAAUGAAACUGUUUAAAAAUAUAUAUUCUACAAGUUUAUACUGAUGUUGUGUUUAUUUGUGGUUUUCAUAUUUAAAAUGCGCUAAAUAAACAUAAAUUGUUUUUUUUUUUCAAGUUGCCACCAGUAGGUGGCCACAGCAGACAUCUUAAGUUGCCCCUCCCCCAUGCUUAAAGUGCAAACACACCUGGUAGUGAGAGUACACGAGGCUGCACUUUGUCUUCUUUUUUGUUCUCUGCCAGCUGUGUGUAAAAAGCUUACCUUUUAUGAACGUAUGAAUAAGUAAUGUUACACAGAAAGAGCCUCAGUCAUCUUUUUGUAUUCCAUUUUUAGGGACCAAACAGCAUCCCUGCUGAUAUUGUGUUCAUAGUCCAACAGAAGAAUCAUCCUCUGUUUGUAAGACAGCAAAAUGACCUGAUUUACAAGACACAGAUCUCUCUAGAGAUGGUGAGUUAUGUUAAUGUGAGCUGAAAUAAAAUGUGUUUUAACAUAGUCAGAAUAAAAACCUCUGACCUCUCCCACAGGCAUUGACUGGGUUCUCUGUGGAUGUGGAGACACUAGAUGGCAGAGUACUCACAAUUCCCAUCAAUGACAUAGUGCAGUAAGUGCUUUUUAUACAUGUUAUUUGAGAAAAUCUAUUUUAACUCCUUUCAAUUUCACCAUCAAUCAUUAAAACCCUCCUCCGGUGUUAGGGUCUGCACCGACCCGUUUUUGAUUUUAAAUGCUUAAAAGAAACACUUAAAUUAGCUUUCAUGCAUCAAGACUUUUUGACUUUGUCAGGGACUUCUAUUUGAAUAAAAUAACAAUAAUUAAAUUGACUGAAUAUAAAAUGCUCUUAUUAAAAUUAUGUCACUUGUCGUGUUAGGGUUGCUGUUGACCCGGUUAGAUCAAUAUCUAAUAAUUACAGCAAAAACUGAAAUUAUAAGUGCACUGUCAGGAACCACACUGACAGUCAGAUCCUUUUCCGGUCAUGUGAGAUUUAGGAAAUUCUCAUAUUUCCAUGUUUUUCCCUGCACAAAAAACAACGUUGGGCAUGUUAAGACAUGUGAGAUCAGUUCAGUAUAGAUGUCUUUGUGAGGGGUACACUGACAAAGAAAGGCCCAGAGGACCACAACAAAAAAUAUUCUAAGCAAUAUUUUCAUGGAUAAUGAAGCCUAAUAAGGUAACCUAGAGCAGAGGACCAAACUGGAUGAUAGAGAAAUGUUUUUAGUGUAAUUUGCAGCUGAGUUAAGACACUGGUCAAAACCAACCCUUAACAUAGUGGGUGCGUAGUGAAAGCUAACACAGGAGGAAGGUUAAUGGCUUAGUAAGCUGUUUAAAUUAAUGACGAGAGAGACAAGCAUAAAAAGUCAUGGCUUUAUAAAAACAGUACAAAUAUGCAGAGACAUUCAUGUAGGAUUGGUUCUUUUCAUGCAGAUCAUAUGUAUUUAUCUUAUUCACUUGUUUUGUUAACAGCCCCACAUACAAAAAGGUGGUGCCUGGACAGGGAAUGCCGCUGCCCCAGGACCCUUCUCAGAGAGGAAACCUCAUCAUUACUUUCGAUGUGAAGUUUCCAGAGAAGCUGUCAGCUGAGAGUAGGCAGCUGAUCAAACAAGCGCUCACUUUUGAAAAUUGAUUAGUUUCUUACACAUUUUUUUAUCAUCUGACAUGUACAGUAAAUACCACUGCUGUACUAAAGCACCAGCCUUCCAUGACAACAGUGGUUACAGAAUGUUUGUGCAGUUGUGAUUUCCUGCCAUCAUGGCUCGUUUCAGCUGCUCAUAUGUAACAAACAUCACUACGUUCCAGGAGCCCAAGCGCAAGAAAGAUGGCAUAAAACUGGAGAAGAAAAAAGAUAAAUUGUAAUCAAUUCAUAUCAACAGCUACUUUGUACAUUUUUUCCCUUACAUUUCACUAAUGUCAUCAUUUAUCUGUUCAUUAUUGUCAGUGCUUACCCCUUAUAAAAGGCAAGUGGUCCCUCCUUCGUCAUCAUGGCUGCAGCACAGUUAAGGACACUUCUGUACUGACCGAGAGCAGCGUUCAUAUAUCUGGUCUUGACCACAUCCACAGGAGAGGCGAUCACUGUUGUGCAUAGGCCUGCACCAAAAGCUGAUAUGAAGUGGCAGGGUAGAUUAUCUGUGGAGGACAAGCCGUGAGUCACCGCUCCACAGAGAAAACAGCAGGCCAAUGAAUCAUACCUGUGCACCUUACUGAAAGCCAUUGUUUUACCUGUCAGGGGAGUGGACUUGAGAAGUGUGUCCUUUAUGAAAUCAUAUGUCACCAGCUCAGUGCAGUUUACUAUUGCAUUUCUUGCAAUGUUUGGAGCUGUUCCUGCAGGAGAGAGAGAAAGAUAAGCACAUGAGAAGAGUUGUUUGAAAAAGGACUUACUUUGACACCUCAGUAAUCCUGUGAAGCUGGAAGUACCUUUCCACAAUCCGUGAACACCUUCCUCCUUUGCAAUGGUCUUGUAAGCAUCAAUAGUGCUGCAAUAGCGCUUUGCAUGCCCAGGAGACCUGGCCUGAGCCUGGAAGCGGACUUUAACCACAUCUGUAGGCUGGGCAAAAGCAACUGCCAUCGCCCCAGUGGUACAUCCUGCGAGCAGCCUACUGCCAAUGCCAACAUCUAAAUCAAAAAGAGGGACGUGAGCCGUGCUGACCUCCCUUACUGACAAAAUAAAUUAUAUGAACAUUGUGUUCACUUGUA